UUACUCGUGAACUUAGUAGUAGACCAAUUUGUUGCGUAUGUGAUGAAUCAGGUACACUUGUUUUUCUUCCAAUACUCUGUCAGUUAAAUUAAGAACACUUCACUUUUUUCAGAGAAGAAGAUACAAGUCAGUCAAGAAAAUGGCUUUUGGAAGUCUGAUUAUAUUUUUAAUGUUCCUCAGCAAAGCUACAUUUGAAGAGCUGUGCCCCUUGCAUCGUUCCAUUGAUGUACUUGAAGGAGAAUAUUUUUUUCUUUGCUUCCCUGGAUCAAUACAAGAGAUUUUCCCCAGUAAAACGUACACAGUGACCUGGUUCAAAGAAAGUAAAGGGAAGGUGAAUUUGAUCCAAGAAACACAGAGACUUGUUUUAAGUGGGAGACUUCUGGAGUUCUGGCCAAUUGAACUUGGUGAUCUGGGGAAUUACACUUACAGACUCAGCAAUGGAACAUAUAAUGUCACAUCACAAAAGUGGUCUCUGAAUGUACUCAAAAGAAGUAAAGACAGUUGUUUUAACACAAAUCAUUCAUCCAUGCAAGUUAAUGAUGCUGGAAGAAGUUGUACAUUGAAAUGCAGUGCUGUGCCCCACAGUAAAAAUGUCACCAUAAUGUGGUACAAGAACUGUAACAUUUAUGACUCUGCAAACAAGGAGGAACUGAUUUUUUUAAACUUAACAGUUGAAGACUCUGGGAAUUACACAUGUGUGGUUUCACUUAGUUAUGCAAGAAGGGCAUUCAACGUCACAAGUACAACAGAGCUGAUGGUGGCAGACGAUGCAGCUGAAAUUGUUAAAUUGGAAAUAAUUGAACCUGAAGAGACUUAUGUCAAAGCACAAAUAGGUAAAGAGGUGACACUCAACUGCACAGUUUUCUUGGGUUACUCAGGUGCUGCCAGUUUUGAGUAUACCCUGUACUGGGCAAACAAAAAUAUAAAUUCCUGUUCAGAGAGUACUAAGGAGGAAUAUUCAAUAUGUGAAAAGGAAGAUGUUGUUUUUAAUUCAGGAAACAAGAAGUAUGUCUCAAAACUAUUGUGGAUUAAAACAGUUAAAGAAGAGGACUUCAAUUCUAACUAUACCUGCCUCUUGAAAACUCCAAAUAAAUCACGGGUUAAAAAUUUUACAUUGAAGAAAGGGAACCCUCCAGAUCUCCCUCCACACGUAUUUACUACUGGAAUAAUCAUGACUAUAUUCUCGUCACUUGUUGCUGUGCUCCUGGCAGUUCUUUCUGUAAUAUUCAGAGUUGACUUAGUUUUAUUUUACAGAGACAUCACUGGAAAAGAUGAUACUGUAGGAGAUGGUAAAGAAUAUGAUGCUUUUGUGUCUUACCUGAAAGACUCCAUACCUACCAAUGUAGAAGAAAGAAAAUUUGCUCUGGAGAUAUUGCCCAGGACACUAGAACAACAGUUUGGAUACAAAUUAUGUAUAUUUGAGCGGGAUGUAUCUCUUGGAGGAGCUGUUGUUGAUGAUGUCCAUUCAUUUAUUGACAAAAGCAGAAGAUUAAUCAUUAUACUGAGCCGGAACUACAUUUCAGACAGAGUCAUGUAUGAACUUGAGACUGGACUGCAUAAGGCACUAGUUGAAAGGAAAAUUAAAAUAAUAUUAAUUGAAUACAUGCUUAUAAGUGAUUAUAAUUUCCUGCCAAAAUCACUGGAGCUUCUACCAUCCAGGAGAGUUGUAAAGUGGAAAGAGGAUAAGUCUCUUCCUUUGAAUUCCAGAUUUUGGAAGAAUCUACGGUACCUAAUGCCAGCGAAAGCUUCCACAUCAAACAUGAGAAGUCACAAUGAUUCUGUGAGCCCUACUUCAGAAGAAGGAACUCAAGCAACAUCUGUGUAUUGGGAGUCUAAAACAUUCUUAUAGCCAAAAACUGAAAAAGAAACAUGCUGCAGAAAUGAGCUCAUGAUGUUACUUACAUGAAAGAUACUAAGUGUGCAUGUUUUAGGGAGGCGACAUGGUCUAGUGACUAGAGCACUGGCGGGGACUUGAGAUGAUAAAGCAAAUCCUCAGCUUGUAUACAUUGUCAUAGUCCAGAGAGCUAGGUUAUCCCUGCCCCUCACUCCUUGGGGCUAUGACAGUUUACACAAACUGGGGAACUGCCCUAAGAAUUCUAAGUUCACUGUGCCUUGGAUUCAUUGUGUGACAUGGGGCACAUCAAAAACCUUUCUGUUUCAGUUUCUUCAUUUCUCAUAGAAAGACUUUCUACAUACACACAUUUGUGCAGCCAUUUAAGGCCUCUGAAUAUUCUAUAUUUUCAAAGUAUUAUUAUUUACAAAUAUGAGUUAUUAUUUAUGCUUUCUGUUGAGCUAGCAUGUAAGGAUUCCAGUCAGGGAUCAGAGCCAUAUUGUACGAGGCACUAUACAAACAAAUAACACAAAGACUGUUUCUGCAGUAAUUAGUUCAAUAUCUAGGAUUUAGAUAAUAUAAUACAGGUGAAUAAAGUGACAAAUCAGGGGAGGGAAUUAAUGGGUUGAAAGAAGAGGACAGGAGGACACGAUAAAAGCGGAAAGCUGGUGUAUUUGCAUAUAUUAAUUCUAAUCGUAGUCUGACUAGUUACUGGUGGUCACUGCCCAGACUGGUAGAGCCCUACAAACCUGCGGAUAUCAGUUUUAUAUCUGUGAGUAUCUGCAUAUGAGGAUACGGAUACAGUUCAUUUUUUGCAGAUAUGGAUGUGAGUACGAAUUUUGUAUGUAGAACCCUGCAAAUGUGUGGAUAUAUGAUUUAUAUCCAUGGAUAUCCACAUCUGUAGAUGUCAAUAUAGAUAUUCACAGCUCAUUUUUGUGGAUACAGAUGCAUAUACAAAUUUUGUAUCGGCACAGGGCUCUACUGACCACUGCCAGAUGGUAGUUUUUAGGAGGCAUCAUGGCAAAGCAAUACUCUCUUGCUGAGUGAUAUUCAGCUCAGAGUACUCUGAACAGCUGUUAAAAUGAAUGCAAUUAGGAAUACCACUUUCUCCAGAUAUGCCAAUAGGUACGACUUGUAUCUGAGCUGCUUCCAGAUGAGACAGUGGAGUUGAGGGGGGUCUGAAAUAUUUUCCCCACUCUUUAUUAAAAUAAUUCCAAUAUCUAGGUUACCAAUCUUGGUACUCCUGUGCCUUGGUACUGAGAAUAUUUCUUUAAACUAGGUCAGAUUGGCAGUAUUUUAUACAGAUUUUCACAGAUGUAAAUGGUCACAUAAGGCAAAAGACAGUGGUGAAUCUAGACCUCUAUUUUGGCUUCUAGAAUAGCCGAUCUUCUAGGCUUAUCCAGUAUUUACAAGAUUCAAGUACAUAGCUGUGCAGUUGCACUUUGUCAGGAUUUUUGUGAUUAUGUUUUUGAACAUGGCUUUCAGAUAUGCACCUGAUAAUUUCUUUUUAACCAUGCAAGACUUGAAGCUCAUUUGAAUUAUUUAUUAAUUUACUUGACUUUGUUCAACCUGAUGUUCCUAAAUCUUGCCACUUAGUAAAAUGUUCUUGCCCACUUUAUGUCAGAUGUAGAACCCAUGGGGAAUUUGCAAUCAACAUUGUUGGGAUAUGUAAAAAUUAGUAGGGGUCUGGGAAAACUAUACAUCAGAGGGUGGGGUCUAGCCAGAAUAGGCAUUGCAUUGACCUUUAAACAUGUUUUUCCCCUUUGUCCUGGCAGCCCUGGAAGACGGUUGCACUGAACAGUGUCUUGUUUUGUCUUUGCACAUGUCUGUAAAAGACAUUUUCAGGGUUGAAGUGCUUUCCCCACCCUAUAAACUGCUGAUUAAGACAAUAUGUAAUGCUGAUUCAAUUAAAAACCAGUAAACAACAUACAGGGGUGGGUAUAAUUGUAUUCAUCACCUACUUAUUAAUAUUCAUUGUGUAGGAGUUAAGAUUACUAAAUAAGGUUUUAGGGAAAGUAGUGAUAGACGUGUGAAUUAACAUACUAAAACAGAUUAAAGGUUGUAAUUGUUGCCAAUUUGUUGCUACUCGGACCUUGUGUUGAAUGUCUGAGGUAAACGUGUGUAUGCAAUAAAGCACU